CACACACACGUCACAUGUACCAUUCUCCAUCUCCAUACUUUCUCUUUGUUGACCAGUGUUUCAAAACAGCCAUGAAUCAUAAGGGAAAGCCAGCUGCCUAGUUACCAAUUAUUCUGUCUGCCAAUUAUGAGAAAAAGACCACAGACUUUCCACCAACCUACAGCCUGCUGCAGUAUCUGUGCCACGCUUUUGUCCAAAGUCAUUUCCAGAGUUUUGUAACCACAGCAGCUGCUGAUAGGAAAUAAAUUCAUUCAGAAUCCAUAAGAUGAGGAAAAUAAGAUUCACUCUGAUAUUGGGUGAUUUAUUUUUAAAUAAUGCAACCACAAUUUUAUUUAUAGGCUACUUGUAAGCAUAUUUUAGGCCUAGGCUACUUUAAAUAGCAUAGGCUAGGCCUACUAAAAGCCUGCAUAUAUAUCUAUACACAUGUCAAUAAUUGUAGGAUUGAAGGAAAAACAGUUCUCUAUAAAACAUUAAACGUGAUUACAGAUGUAGCAACCAAGACAUUACUCUGAAUCCACAGGCCUCCGCGCUCUCCAUGAUUCGCAAAGAAUAAAUACAUGCCGAUGUAUGACUUUGUUGACAGAUUGGCGUCACUGUAUCCUCAGUAACCAUACCUCUUGGAUUCUAGGCAAAUACAACAGGAAGUAGAAUACUUGUCGCGAAAUCGUCCUGACAACGAAUUUGAGCAAAGAUUGAGCGGAUUACCUGAGAUCCACAGAUACCGAGUCUUUAAUGCAGGCGGCAGCGCUGAGGUGAGAUGGCAGAGAUCAACGCCGUGUGCAUGCCUAUGGUUGUUUACCUAGAAAAUGUAUGCGAUAAUCCGGGCUCAGCUCAGCAGAAACGGGAAAAGUUGCAAAAAGCAUCUCAGGAACCAGUGUCUUGUCUAUUAGGGUCUAUAACUGAACUCAGCAACCGGAUCUCUUCACUCCCCCUCCUACCAAACGCGGGAUGCGCAGAUACACAGGCUCCUAAAGACAAAAAGUCAACCCAACUAAGCAUUCCAAAACAGGCUGGCCAGCCCACCUCCACAUUUCAAGACAAACAGGAGAGUCUCUCCUGGUCUGGCCACAGUGGCUUUCAGCAGGAGUCCCCUCCGCCUCCUCAGCCUGGUCAGGGCCGGAGCAACACGUCCAGCGAGAAGCAUGAAGGUGGUAUGCCCAAGCUGGUGGAGCUUUACCAGUUCCCAGGCUUCAGUAAAGAUGGCGCGAUGCCUCUGCCCUACCACACACCUUUCUCCACCGUUGUCACCCAAGUGGUGCGCGCUCAACAAGGUCUCAGCCACAAGCCCAGAUAUAAAGCUGCUUUUCAAAGCAACCUCUCUUCUGUCCUUAUGGAGCAUUUUGUCACUGACAUGUUUUGGUGGCUGUUUCUUCAGAACUUCCAGCCAGAUGGACAAGUACAGGACUGCUUGUUCUCUAGAAUUGCAGAGAAUUACAUCAGAAUCCUUACCCACAACCAGUCAUCACGCAUCAGCAAUGUUUUUCUCCGGGAGUUCCCCUGCAUCCUAAGCCAAACGCUAUACAGCUGCUUCUGCUGCUGCUUCCCCCAGUCCUGCAGCACUAUACGCCACGGCACCUUCCUCCAAAUGCUGUGCUCUACUGCCUACCAGUGGACAGAAGGGGUUUGUCCUGCUCCUAAUGUCUUCAAAAAGUGGGACUUCAAGGCCCUGGAGCCAGAGGAAGCCGGUAGCAGAAAGUUCACCGCCGAGAAUGAGAAAAAGGAGCCAGAAUUGAGUGUGUCACUCCUGGACAGCUUGUUUCCUGGUGCUGGUGUGUCCAGCCAACGUGACGGCCCUCCCAGAAAGCCGGUGAGCCCAGUGAUUGAACCUAGUAAAACUAGUUCUAAAGGGGCCUUUUCAAACACAGAGGAGCAGAAUAUCAACAACCCAUCUGAGAAAGAAGAGAAGAGCGCUGGCUCAGAGGACAUAAAAGGCUCUGAUCAGAAGGCAGCCACUGACCACAGCAAUCGAAAAUCAACCAAGGAGUGUGACUGGUACAAACUGGAGUUUGGCCGCUGCACAUUUGACCUGUGGGGGAACAGCCCUCUGGUGCAGCACUUCAUGCACAAGUUCAGGCCGGAGCCCAGCGUGGGCCAGGGCGUGCUGGUGCGCAGGACGCAGAUCCGCACGCUGCCUCCGGGGGACACGGUGACGUACCGGCAGCUGAUCCGUCAGUGCCGUGAGCGCUCGGCGGCGCGCUGGCAUGACCUGAAGGCAGCGAGAGCCCAGUGUGCAGAGGAGCUCGCCGCCCUACAUCGCAUCAAGGCUGAGCAACGCCACAUCCUACUCAAGAAGCAGACAACAAUUCUGUCCCAGCAGUCCAGUGUGAAGCGGUACUACCAGAAGCUCUACCCUGACACUACUAAAGAGGAGGAGAUAGACCCAACCUCUGAGAGCUCCUGAACUCAGUAGAUGUAGCCAUGCUGGCAAUGAACAAAAACCUUUACUCAUCAUGCAGACAGCAAUUACUGACUCACUUCCUGUGGUCUUAAAUCAGCCAGGGGGAUUACAUCUAUGUGCCUGAAUUAAAAUGAAUGCUAUGUAAGUCUGGUUUGUCUUGCUGCUUUUAUUUUCCACAUAGUCAUGUAUGUAUUCAUUUAAGAAAUGGUAUUUCAUACUAUGUUUCUUUUAUCUGUAACCUCCUGUAGAGAAAACAAACAUAAUGUCCCCCUUUGAAAUAAAUUCUCAGUGAUGUAAUGCAAUAAUAAAUCUAGCCACUUGAUGGCAGUAUGCACACUAUUAUAAUGAGCAGGUAUUUCUUUUGGAUCAGGGGCUGCAGUUGUGCAGCA